CUGCAAAUAUCAACCACUUCACAAGUUUCAAGUAGAGCAUGAGAUCUGCUGGAAUGCUCACAGAAUCAUUUGAGGCAUUUCACAAAGUCUCGCUCGCUGGAAGAUCUUCGACGAUUUACGUAAAACAAGGAAUGAAUGCGGAGUUCCUGGCGGACAUGGCAGAAGUAGCGUUGGUGGUAAUUUCGUUAACUUCGAUUCAAGCUGCCACGAAUAUGAUUAUGGACGAGAAGAAAGGCCGCAAGAUUAGAGAAAACACGCAGACGACGGAAUGUGUAGCAGAACGUGGUUCCUCGUACGAAAGCUUACCAGAACUUUUAUAUGAGAUACGACUUGCAACUGAAGUUGUUUCAGUCAGAGAAAAAUCCUUCUGCACUUCUGACGGUACAUCUAUUGAGUGCAGCCUAAAGUUCGAACCGUCCACGACUUUUCAGUGAAUAUAAAUACUGAGUGCCCUCGCUGACGCCGUGGAAUCCGUCUUCUUGCUCGGAUCGUCACAAGGUCUGACUAAGAUGGUCAGAAGGAGGACACUCAAGCCUAGCCUUUCCUUCUCAAGGAUGAAUCUGGAGGCUGUCAUUUCCAAGCGUUAACUGAGGAUUAUCUCCUUUGAGACGUGACGCUUGAAAAUGGUUCACUCAUUGGACAAUGGUACCAUCGAAGGAUGUAAGGUCAGUCAGAGUAGAUUCUUCAUCUGCAGUGGGAUGGAUUUGCAAACUAGUAAUUGUUAUGCUCCAGUCUCAUCAGGCCACUCCCGAAUUGACAAAGUAUUGUAGACGAGAUUUCUCAUGCACCAGGAACAACAUAC